AUGGACUUCCAGGGAAGACGUGACCAGUCCAUAAGGCUGGCCCAUCCCAUUCCUAAACUUAUCCGACUUACAGUCUGUGUUGAUCUGUCACUGCUGGAUACCAACUUGAAAACUUGGAUGGCUUUUUCUUAUACUACUAAAAAUACUACCUUGGGUACAGAAGAUAGGGAACUUGGACUGGAAGGAGACUAGAGGCAGCUAAGAGUCAACAUCUCGGGCAAAAUGUUUCCGGUUAAUCACAGCCUUUCUCUUUUUGGAUAGCACAAUAUGUGCCUGAUAUGGGAUGGGGUGAAAGGCAGCCUAGAGCUGUUCCUUAAUAAGACAAGGCUGCUGAGAGUGAUGGCCAAUUCUCAGAACAUGACAGCCAAUGGGAGUUUGGUCCUAGGACAUUUCCUUCGGAACAAGGGGAGCCAGCCAGAUGGCAGGGCCCACAACACCGUGGGCAGCUUGUACCUCUUUCAGCUGUGGGAUCACAUCUUGGAAAAUGAGGACUUUCAGAAAUGCUACAUUGGAAAUGUGGUGAGCUGGGAGGAAGAUGAUUGGUUUUUCAAUGACAUAAUCCCCACAACUGAUGACUUUUCGGUUUCCUUCUACAAUAUCAAAAUGAGGUUCUCAGUGGCUGAUGACGAGUCAACAGUUCCCCUCAGCGAUACGUUUGUCAAAACCUGGGAGCUGAUGCAGCACAGCAAAGUGAAUGAGCUUUCUCAACUGACCACCUCUCUGCAAAGCUGUAUUUGUCAAGCAAUCAUAAAAGCUCAUUCAUCUACCGUACCAGCUGAUCUGAUGAAUCAGAUAAAGAUGAAAAUCCUUCGGAACCACACACACGGAAAUUUCACACAAGGCCAUAUGACUUUAAGUGUGAAGUCUGAAUAUGUAAAAGUCAAGAAAUUAGAGCCAGAAAGGUGCACGUAAGAAACCACCUGCAGAUACAAAGGAACAUUUAAGUGGUCAUUAACCAAUCCCACAGAGACAGUUCAAAGCAGAUGUGUUAAGAAUCCUAGUCGGAAUGCUACCAGAAUUUGCACUAUUGAUGCUGAGAAUGGCAAAUCAAGCUGGGGAGCCCCCCACUACAGACCAUGUAGACUGCUCCAGGAAUUUCCAGAUAAGAUUGUGGACCUUGAAGAUAUUCUCAUAAGUGAUGAGAAUGCCUGUGACGUUGCCGAGCACAUUUUAAGUCUGAUACAUGACUCCCCAGACCUGAACCAAAAAGAAAUCAAGAUUAUUGUUUUGAAGGUGUCUGACAUCUCAAAAUGUGAUGAAUUAAGUCUGAAUCUAGCACAGAUCCUGCUACAGAUGCUUGAUGUGGCUUGGGGGAUGGGAUUGCUGCCUGAUCAGCCCUUGCUAAACCAUGAGAUCUUGAGGACAAUUGACCGGGUAGGUUACAAGAUGGAGUUUUCUGGAAAGACUGCCAAAGUAACUGUGGCCUCAUGGGCUUUAGCUGUGCUUCAGAUGGAGGAGGAAUUUGAAGGCAUUUCCUUUAGCAUUUGCUACUAUGAGGAAGGCAUAGACCCUGAGGUUUAUCUAGACAAUAUACCUCAGAGGACGACUUUGGCUUCCAUAUAUUUGCCUCAAUUGCUGAAGAAGAGAAUUCCUUUUGACCUACAGAAGAUUGUGUUUAGCUUCUUUGGGCAAAUAUCAAUCUUUAAGCACCACAUUGCCCAAAAUGAAAACUUAACCACUUAUGUUGUGAGCGCCAGCGCUGCAAAUACAUUGAUUUGGAACCUGGCUUAUCCAAUAGAAUUCACGUUACAGCAUAUUAAAGAAAACACGGAGAAUGGACUAGGCGGAUGGAAUUCAUCAGGCUCUGCAGUAAACAAAAUGGAUGUCAGUUACACAACCUGUGAGUGUAAUCAUCUUGCUCACUUUGGAGUCUUAAUGGAUUUGUCUAGGUCUAGGAUGAAUAAGACCAAUGAAGAAGUCUUAACAGUCAUAACAUAUGUUGGAUGUGGAAUCUCUUCCACUUUUCUGGGAGCUGCAAUAGUGACUUACUAGCUUUUCAGUAAAAAACUUCAUUAUGAUAAUCCAUCCAAACUUCCGCUCAAUUUGUGUAGUUCUUUGCUGUUGUAGAACUUAUCAUUUCUGGCCAACGUCUGGUUUUCAGCCUUCGAAAACUCUGGCCUCUGUGUCACCAUGGCUGUACUGCUUCAAUAUUUUCUCAUGUCAUCCUUCACUUGGAUGGGCCUGCAAUCCAUCCACGUAUAUGUUGUUCUGGUCAAAGUCUUCAACAUCUAUGUGAGCCAUUACAUCCUUAAAUUUUUCCUGGUUGGCUGGGGAGUCCCUGCAGUGGUCAUGGGCGUCGUACUCUUCGUAAGGAGGGAUGUUUAUGGCAUGUUGAAGACGUCCACACCAUUCUGCUGGAUUCAAGACGAUCUUAGCUUUUACAUCACCAUUAUGGCCUACUUUUGCUUCGCAUUUUUCAUAAAUAUGGUCAUGUUGUGCCUUGUAAUUUACCAAAUCAGUUCCAUACAUUUUGAGAAGCAGAGUGUGUGGAGAAAGAUUCUACUGAGUGACCUCAAGCAUUCCAUUAAUCUCACCUUCCUGCUUGGUCUCACCUGGGGCUUGGGCUUUUUUGCCUGGGGACCUAUGAGGAUGCCUUUUUGGUGACUCUUCAACAUUUGUAACACAGCACAAGGAUUCUUUAUCUUUCUGUACUAUUGCCUGUGGAGGGAGAAUGUGAGGGAACAGUUGCAAAAGUUCAAGUGCUUUGAGAAGCUUUACCUGCAUCACAGCUCUGGCAAGACACCUGGGCUAAGUAAUGGCUAA